AUGGCCCAGGGAAAGGAUCAUUCCUUCCUAAAGCUGGACGACCUUGCCAGCCGAUUCUUCAACCGGUAUCGCAAAGUCAACCAAGAGCAAAAAGCCCAGGAGAGCGAGGGGCCUCAUGUCUCAGAGUUCACCAUCAUUUGGGAUAAAUUGAGUAAGUUACUGUGUGCUCUUCAUGCUGUAGCUAUCGAAUUAGGCAGGUGUAACCAAGUGGGUCUAAUUAUUAGACGAGCUCAAACUCGCAACUUGUGUAACUGCUUUUAUUUGAAAAUCAUUGAUGUCAACGUUGGCAAAACCCUAAUCAGUAGGAAUUAAAACUUUGGUGUGUUUUAAGAUUAAUCUAUUGGUUAUUCAGACCCUGUGUCCCUUUUAUUUUAGCCUAAACCACCAGUCUGGUCUCUCUGGUUUAAUUAUCAGCCCUGACAAGUUUGAAGGAAACGCAAGGCUCAGUUAAAGGGUUGAGACACUCAUUUAGAAAAAGCACCAAGAAGUCAAGUAUUUCUGUGUCCAUGUAGCCAUAGAGAUACCAGGGGUGUAUUCACUAGAAACUUAACAGAAGCAAAUGGAAUGAAACCAGGAGGGACCUACCUGAAACGUGUUUUCGUUGCUACGGUGUGCACUAAUGAAUACACCCCUAGGAGAACAUUUAGACCUAGGUACUGUUUCUUUUUUUUUCUUGUCAUACGACAACCAUGGAACUUUCUUGAUUUCUUGAAAUGUUACUAACUAUAGAAGUGUUCGCUUGAGCUUCACCUUGGAUCUAAAAUGGUAUGGAGAGUUAGGCUAGGUCUUACACGGAGUCAGUCCCAUAUAACUCUACCUAAUGCUACUUGCCCUGGAAUCCAGUGCCCAAAGUCAGCAGGUUAUUAUAUAAUGUAUUAAAUUCACCAGGAAGAAACCUUCUUAAAACCUUCUUUGUAACUUCGAAGAUGUAUAGUAUACAAACUGCACUGUCAACAACAUUGUGGCAUUCGGUCUCUGUCGCCUCGUCUGAAUGAGAUCUCUCUGUCCUGUCAUUUUCUUUGUGCCACUUCUUGGCGGGGGAGGGUGGAUGGUCUUGUGUUCUAUUCUGAAAUGUAUUUUUUUUAUAACUUGUUUUCUCCUCUUUUGUCUCUGUUCUAGCCAUAACAGUCCUGUGUCACGUUCAAUGUCAGUGAGCUUUCGAACAGCUAGUGAGAGACGUAGUCUCCUUUACCAGUUAAGCCUACUAGCAUGUCAGACAUGAGGCCCAUGGAAAACGCCCCUCUUAUCGUGUAGUUAGAGCAGAGAGCUACAACUCCUGCUACAGACAGACAGGAAGUUCUCCAACGACAUGGCUUAGGCUACAUGCAGAAACCCUGUCAGCUCAACAGCUAGCUCAGUCUUAACAUAUAGAAAUGUGUAGCCUUACAGAGCCAUAAUCGAGAUUAGAAAAAUCUAAUAGGUAGACAUAUGGGCCAGGAGUUGGGCUCAAAUCCAGUCAAAUUAGGGUAUGAACUGAAGUUUCAUUCAUGAAUUUAAAGUUGUCUUUGUUUGCAAUGUGAGAUUGUGGACUUUGAAAUCAUAUGAAUUAAAUCCAAGUUUAUUUAUUGAACUGAACUGAGAUUCCCCCCAACUCCAAUGGUUUCAGGCUAGGCCAUUUGAGUUAGGCUAUUUGAAAUUGCAGUCUUAUGUGUGUCUUAUGUUGUCUUCUCCAAUGUCAUUUUGUUGUUACAUCUAAUCCACUUGACUAUCUAGCUAAUGUUCUUGUUUUUACAUAAACCUUUCUUCCCUCUCUUUCUCCUCUUCAUCAUUUCCAUCCAUGUGGGUGAAUGUUCCUGAAAAACCCUUGGUGAACUAUAGAGACUUUUGGUAUGCACAUUCUCUUCCAUAAGCUGUCCUAAGUCACAGAGAAAGCAGACAGCCUAUAGCCUAGAUAUCGCCUAACAAAUAGGCUAGGACCACAACCUGGCUGCUACUAAAACAGUAGAAAAUGUUGCAAAUGGUUAGCAUUUGUGGCUAUUCUUCAAUAGUAUCAUCAUGACUAACUCAUGGAUUUGGCCAAUUACUUUGUCAUUCCUCUGUGACUAUGGACCGCUCAUGUCUGCUGUGGUUUCCACAAAGCACUUUCUAUGCCUACACUCUAGUUAGUUUGCUGUGGCUUUUAAAACAUUUGCUGAUUUCCCCCUUGAAUAGUGUUAACCCUCUGAAAGGGAUGCACUAUCGUUGCUCUUUGAAUUAGCUAUCUAUAAAGCCUGUGAGAGCUCUUUGCAUCUCUUCAUUGUAAAUUGCUAGCUAAUAAAGAUGUUUUAAGUACAGUAUCUCUGCCUGGUACUUGACUUUGGCCUGACCUUACUAUCGGUUUAUUUAGUUAUUGUGAUCCCCUGAACUUGUUGACUGUUAGAUACACAGCAACUCUGAUCUAAGUAGAAAGAUAGUAGGUCUAUAGACCUGUCUAACCUGUGUUUUAUUUGUGCUAAUUGUCUUCUUUCUUCACCUUUUAGUGAAAGAGUUCUUAGCCAAAGCCAAAGAAGAUUUUUUACGAAAAUGGGAGUGCCCACCACAGGUAAGAGACUAAUAACAAAAUACUUAUUUCCCACAGGUAACGAAACACUACACUGAACAAAAAUAUAAAAUGCAACUAUUUAAACGAUUUUACUGAGUUACAGUUCAUAUAAGGAAAUCUGUCAAUUUAAAUGAAUUCAUUAGGUCCUAAUCUAUGGAUUUUUAUAUGACUGGGAAUACAGAUAUGCAUCUGUUGUUCACAGAUACCUUAACAAAAAAAGGUAGUGGUGUGGAUCAGAAAACCAGUCAGUAUCAGGUAUGACCACCAUUUGCCUCAUGCAGCGCAACACUUCUCCUUCGCAUAGAGUUGAUCAGGCUGUUGAUUGUUGUCCCACUCCUCUUCAAUGGCUGUGUGAAGUUGCUGGAUAUUGGCGGGAACUGGAACACGCUGUUGUACACGUCGAUCCAGAACAUCCCAAAUAUUCUCAAUGGAUGACAUGUCUGGUGAGUAUGCAGGACAUGGAAGAACUGGGACACAGGUUAGACAUGUAUACAGAUCCUUGCGACAUGGGGCUGUGCAUUAUCGUGCUGAAACAUGAGGUGAUGGCGCUGGAUGAAUGGCAUGACAAUUGGCCUCAGGAUCUCGACACGGUAUCUCUGUGUAUUCAAAUUGCAAUUGAUCAAAUGCAAUUGUGUUUGUUGUCCGUAGGUUAUGCCUGCCCAUACCAUAACUCCACCGCCACCAUGGGUCACUCUGUUCACAUCUUUGACAUCAGCAAACUGCUCUACCUCAUGACGCCAUACACGCGGUCUGCCAUCUGCCCUGUAGAGUUGAAACUGGGAUUUAGCCGUGAAGAGCACACUUUUCCAGCGUGCCAGUGGCCAUCUAAGGUGAGCGUUUGCCCACUGAAGUCGGUUACGACGCCAAACUGCAGUCAGGUCAAGACCCUGGUGAGGACGCAGAUUAGCUUUCCUGAGACUGUUUCUAACAGUUUGUGCAGAAAUUCUUCGUUUGUGCAAACCCACAGUUUCAUCAGCGGUCUGGGUGGCUGGUCUUGGACGAUCCCUCAGGUGUAAAAGCCGGAUGUGGAGGUCCUGUGCUGGCGUGGUUACAUGGGGUCUGCGGUUGUGAGGCCGGUUGGACAUACUGCCAAAUUCUCUAAAACGACGAAGGCGGCUUAUGGUAGAGAAAUUAACAUUCAAUUAUCUUGAAACAGCUCUGGUGGACGUUCCUGCAGUCAACAUGCCAAUUGCACACUCCCUCAAAACUUGAGACAUCUGUGGCAUUGUGGUGUGACAAAACUGCACAUUUUAGUGGCCUUUUAUUGUCCCCAGCACAAGGUGCACCUGUGUAAUGAUUAUGCUGUUUAUUCAGCUUCUUGAUAUGCCGCACCUGUCAGGUGGAUGGAUUAUCUUGGCAAAUGAGAAAUGCUCACUAACAGGGAUGUAAAGAAAUGUUUGCACUAUUUGAGAGAAAUCAGCUUUGUGUGCGUGUAGAUAAUUUCUGAGAUCUUUUAUUUCUGCUCAUGAAACAUGGGACCAACACUUUACCUGUUGCGUUAAUAUUUUUGUUCAGUGUAGAAUUGUUUUUUCAUUUCCUCACCUACCACUAUCAGAAUAAUUGCAGAAUGGACAGUAAACCACUUCCUUAUGCAUCCUCUGAUGUUGAUCUGAUGGGGACCAAGAGGCUAAUUCCUCAAUCUGGAGUGUAAAGUGUGUACACUGAUGUUAUCCUUAUAAAAAGCCAUAGUCCCAAACAUCUGUAGUAUCGUUGAGGAAGUUUAAGUUACCAUGGUCUCAAUAGUUUAGAAUUAAUAGCCAAUGUUUUGAAAGAGAAAAGGGAACUGCGCACCCAUCCAUUCCACAUGUAGCGCAACUUCUGGAAAUAAUACAUUUUUGACCAGCCAACUCAAAUAAAGUAAGGCCGGGAUUCAAUACACAUUAUUGUGCAGUGCGGGUACUGCAGGCAAUGUUUUCAGAAAGCAGGAUCCCCCAUUAUAGUCAAUGGGAGUAUGGCGAUCUUUGUGGUCAAUAUUUGUAGAUAUACCCACUAAUUUUGCCGUUAUAAUAAGGUUGGUAGCAACAUGGGGAAAUCAUUGUGAAAAUCUGUUGCAGCUAAAGUCGACUACAAAAUCCACAAUGCAAUGCUCUCUCUAUGGGCUAGCUGGCAAAUGUAGCUACACACAAUAAUACCAAAGACAAUAUCAUGUAACAUAGCUAGCUAGCUGUUAAAUUGCCUAAACAAACUGCACUAUGAAUUUAGGAGUCCACAAUCUAACCAUGUUCAACCUGCAGAUCGAUGUGCCUCACUGAGUGGAGUCAAACAUUCGCAACGGCAGAUAUACUUUUGAGGAAAUGGGAAACGGUGCCCAUGCCUGGCAAUGGGCCGCGCGGUGCAUUCUGGGCGAUUCUGGGACAAAGGAGUGAAUGGGAGUCUAUUGGGCGCAAACUCAAAAAAACAACAUUAGCACGAAUUUCGUCAACAAGAAGUACAACAUUACAAAGCUUUUCCGAAAUGUGAGAUAAUCAACUUGCUGUCUGUUGUAUAGUAUAGCUUUGAAACCUUUCGAGGAAAAUAGGCACGUUUCUCGACAUAUACACUGACUUUGAGAAAUAAUUGUGUGACGAUUAGCUUAGCAACUACGUGAAGCAGCUUGACAACGUGAACGCGAUUGGUUGACAGUUUGCUGGGUGGGGCGUUUAAAGGUUCCUUCAUUCAUUAGAUUCCUAUUUAUUUUCUAUAAUAUCUCUGGCAACUGCACGAUGCAAUGCAACCUGGACUAAAGAGGCAGACAAAUAGGAAAAAUGUGCUAGACCCUCCGUUAAAUUACACAUUUCUCGAGGUAGGAAUAUCGCAAAAAUAUGAUCAAUGGCUUAUUCGAGAGAAGACAUCCUCCCGAGUUAUGACAUCAGCCAGCAUUGAAAUCUGACAUGUAUGAUAAACGUUUUCGCAAUCUAAAAGUUGUAUUCCUAUUAACUUAGUGUAGUGAGUUUGGGCCCCGUGUAGCUCAGUUGGUAGAGCAUGGCGCUUGCAACGCCAGGGUUGUGGGUUCGUUUCCCACGGGGGGCCAGUAUGAAAAAUUUAUGCACUCACUAACUGUAAGUCGCUCUGGAAAAGAGCGUCUGCUAAAUGACUAAAAUGUAAAUGUAAAAAAUGUGAGAGCGACUUUCUCGCGGUGCUACGUAAUACCGGCCAUAUUUCUGCCUGCUUGAACACCAAUAACUCAGAUAAACAUGAAAUGACCCAGAGAAUCGAUAGAACAUCACUCAGAGAUAUACAAAAACAAUAGAACAUUCAAAAUGGCCGAACCUUUACUUAAAGGAUAAUUUAGUGGCUACCGGCAACCUGCAGUACCCCGGUCGGCCUUCAAUUUGAGAUUCUCAAUGAGAGGGGGCAGCACUGCGCUAGCCUGCAACGUCAGUGUUCUCCCCAAAUAAUGUAAGAGGGGCGCUGCGCCACCUUGUGGACUGCUCAAACUGUGAAUGCAAUGUUCCAAAACUCUUCCAUGAUGCAAGAUGGCAACACGCUAAAACGACACUUCCUGUUCUUCAAAUGCGCCACUGAGACGUCACAUAGUAAACAAUGGCUCUGUCCAUUCUUUCUACAGUCUAUGAGCAGGGAACUAGACAGCCUGCAAUGUUCCUUUUAAUUAAAGGCAAAUUACCCAACGUUUGCGGAGAUCGCAUAGAUGGUAAACGCUGCACGUUGGCUCAAGCGUAAAUUACCUUAAUUAAAGUGUGCUGCCCUGUAUUGAAUUCCUGCCUUAAUGUCGGCUCACUGUUUGCUGGCACAUUUUAAGGAUGUGCUUUCCUCCUCAGAGCACAACUGGCCUGGAUGACUUUGACAGGCUGAAGACUCUAGGCACGGGCUCGUUCGGUAGAGUUAUGUUGGUGAAACAUAAAGGAACAGAACAGUUCUACGCCAUGAAGAUCCUGGACAAACAGAAAGUGGGUACCAUGCAAUAACAUGCACUGGGUUGUGUUCAUUAGGUUAGGCAAUGGAAAAAGAAAAUGAGCGUUCCUUAUUGGGUAAGUCCAGGUAGGCCCUCCCUGUUUCAGUUCGCUUUCUUCCGUUUAAUGCCUAAUGAACAUGACCCUGGUUUGUUUUGAAGGAGGUUGAACAAAACCUAGGCCGGUUAAAUCACCUAGCACAGUAAAGUUGGCUGGCGUCAGAGAAAGGCUGGCUUUAUCUAGCUUUUGUGCUCUGUUGCAUGGGUUUACACUAAUUCAAAAGGAAAUGGAAAGUAUAUGUCUUCUCAGGUACUGUGAGGCUUGGUUAACCACAAAAUACAUUUUGUAUUUUUGAAGUGAAACUUAAUGAGACACAGUAUGAGACAUCCUGUACCUUGUUAUUGCACUGGUAUAUUUGUUUUGUUAACUAGAUGAUACACUAAGGCUCAUGAUGGUCAGAACUAAACAGUUUUCACAGUUUCAGCUAAAAUGAAUAUGUUUGUACCUUCAAUGUGUUUGUUAUGCUCAGUGAGAGCAGGGGAAAAAAGUUGAAAUUCUGAAUGAAAAAUGUAAACCAGCCAUUGAGGCAACAAUAUUUUGUUAGCUACAAAGUAACUGUUUUGCCACUCACUUUUUUUCAGCUGACUGCUUUGUCUGUUAACUUAAAGGUCAUGAAAUGUCAAUCCCACGCAGGUUUCAAAAAGUGACUGACGUGCCUUUUGAACCCAUGACCAUUGACAUUUUGAAAAUGACCUCUGACAGUUUUGCUUUAUACCUACACUGUGAUAUUUUUACCACAUAAUACUGUAUUCUAAAACUGUUCAAGAUUAGCAAUUGGACUGGCCUAUUGAAUUAAUUCCCCUGAUCAUCGUAAAUGGUGCUGCCUUGCGGUGACUAGAUCGCAUGGCUGCCACCAAAUGUAGUAGGGAUGUUCCCUUGAUAUCGUCUCCUACAUUAUUUUCCUGUGUAUCAAAUGAAAUAAAGUGGAAAGGCAAACUUUAUUCUCGCGUGUAGAUUUGUAAGAAUCAGAAGUUCCCACUACGAGCAUCCUGAUAACAAAUAAUAUGCUACAGAUGUCCAGUUGCACGUUCAAUGCAUGUUUAAAAAAUCGACUAAAGUGCUACAAACGUUGCCUAUUGCCCAGGCACUCCUUCCUUGAUCUCCCAAGAUAGCCACCACCAUAAAUUCUUCUUUGUGAAACUGUCACAUAUUCUUCAUUAGUGGGAUGGUCACAUGCAGUAGUUUUAUCAGAUGACCGGUGACUUUUGUCUUUACUGUUGUGCUCCUCUCCUCAUCGUUAUGCCUCCUCUCUCAUUGCUCUCACAGGUGGUGAAGCUGAAACAGAUAGAACACACUCUAAACGAAAAGAAAAUACUGCAGGCGGUGUCCUUCCCCUUUCUCGUCAGACUAGAGUAUUCCUUCAAGGUAUGUCAGCAGCAGUAGGAUGUCCAAAAAUGUGCACUGUACAAUUGGUGAAAAAGAUGAGUGUUACCUUGGAAAUAGAGCUGGGAUGAUAAAAUGAAAAUGGCCUUCCUUGGUACGCCAGUAAUUUUCCGUGAUUUUGCUACACAAUGUUACUGUAGAUCAGGGGUGUCAAAGAAAGAAAACCUGCAGAUACCCGGCCCUCCGUGGAAUGAGUUUGACACGUGUUGUAGAUUGUUUUAAAACCAUUAUUUGGUCAACCGUAAUAGCCUAUGCAUUAUGUUGAUUCUUUUAUUUUUUUUACUUUUUACCCCCAUUUUCUCCCCAAUUUCGUGAUAUACAAUUGGUAGUUAGUCUUGUCCCAUCGCUGCAACUCCAGUACAGACCAAAUGUAACUGGGUGUGUUCUAACUUUAUUUGAACCAUAGGACAACUCCAACCUCUACAUGGUGAUGGAGUAUGUUCCAGGAGGAGAAAUGUUCUCGCAUCUGAGACGCAUCGGGAGGUUCAGGUAAAUCAAAAAAGCUUUGACACCAUGUUCAUAGCCUGGUAUGUCUGUAUACUUGAGAUCCAAAAUAAUGGGCACGAUCUAUGUGUUAUAAGGUAUUGUGUUGUCUUUGGUUUCAUUUUUUUUCACCCGUUUGACAUUACGUUAACUGAACAUUUUCUUCUGUCUUCAGUGAACAUCACGCACGAUUUUAUGCAGCUCAGAUAGUACUCACUUUUGAGUACCUCCACUCGCUAGACCUCAUCUACAGAGACCUGAAGCCUGAAAACCUUCUCAUUGAUCACCAAGGGUACAUCCAGGUACGGAAGCAGCGAUAUCCAAACCAAAGCAUAUCUACAUUUGUUGGCUAUGAACUCUCAUCUAAGACUUCUGUCUUGAGAUUGAAUAGCAAAUAAUGAGACGUUAGUCAUCACAUUACCAUUAAAUAGUCCAUGCAAAUUUGCCCUAUGCAAAUAUGUACCAACUGGACUGCUAUUAUUGCAUGGUUCUAAUGCCAUUGUCGAUCCUUUUCAGGUCACAGACUUUGGCUUUGCCAAAAGAGUAAAAGGCAGGACCUGGACAUUGUGUGGAACUCCAGAGUACCUGGCUCCAGAGAUCAUCCUCAGCAAGGUGGGCCCUCCUGUCCAAUAUAGCGUGUUGGACAUAGUGUGUGUGACUGUUUUCAACCUACCUGUAGAUUUGAAAUAGUUGCCAGUGUUGUUUGCACAGUAUGUGCAAAGAAAGUUGCUCAACAUUGUUUUCUCCGCUGUACUCUGCUAGGGUUACAACAAAGCUGUGGACUGGUGGGCACUGGGAGUCCUGAUCUACGAGAUGGCCGCCGGGUACCCUCCGUUCUUCGCUGAUCAACCAAUCCAGAUCUACGAGAAGAUCGUGUCCGGCAAGGUAGGCAGGAAUUGACAUUAUGUGCAGUCUGGACUGACAUCAUGUUACCGGACACCAUGCGUUCUUGAACGGAUUUGACAUGGUAUGCAAAACUAAUGCAUACAUAUUAGUGUCCUACAAAACUCUUUCUUCACAGGGGUGAUUUGCCUAUAGAUUGAAACGGCCCCUACUGUCAAAAAUGACAAAGGAGCUAUUAGCUUAAAUGGUUUCCCUUGAUGUUCUGGUUAUUUGCCAACCUUACUGUGCAUGUUUCUAUCAUACCUGUGACUUUUAUCCAUAUUUUAACAAUAAGCUCCACAGUUAAAGCCCAACUCCGCUCCUGUGUUCUAGGUACGAUUCACCUCCCACUUCAGCUCAGACUUGAAAGACCUGCUGAGGAACCUGCUCCAGGUGGACCUGACGAAGCGCUACGGCAACCUGAAGAACGGGGUGAAUGACAUCAAGAACCACAAGUGGUUCGCCACAACGGACUGGAUCGCCAUCUACGAGAGGAAGGUACGUCCCGACCGUUAAAGUUUUAAGUGUGAAAUAAACACUGUUGGUUUGGAACAGUAAACAAACUAGGUAACGCAUGAAUCCCCAGAAAGAUUGACAUUCCAGGUGUAAUUAAAUAUGAACUUUACCGUCAUAAAAAUACUGCCAGAUAUAACACAUUUGCACUAUAAAGGCUUGUAGACAAGAAUGUUGGGAGUUCAGUGCUUUCCCCUCUAACCCCCAUCACCAAAAUAGAUUGAUUGCCUUUGCCACAUAAACAAUGUGUAGCUGUUAUGAUUGUAUUGUGGUCUUUAGAGCCACUCCCACACUUGUCCUGUUGCCUUUCAGGUGGAAGCUCCCUUCAUACCAAAGUGCAGAGGACCAGGAGACACAAGCAACUUUGACGACUACGAAGAGGAGGACGUCCGUGUGUCCGACACAGAAAAGUGUGCGAAGGAGUUUUCCGAAUUCUAGCGAGGGGCGGCAGGUGUUCCAUCAGGGCUCACAUACAUUGGGAUUUUUGCACUCUUUUGAGGGUGAAGGUGGAGCUGAGACAUGACGUGUUCAAAACAAUUGCCUAGUAACUUCAUUCCACAAGGCUGAAUGAG